UUGUCCUGCCCCUUCGAGAAGAAAUCAGAGAGAGGGCAGGAGGCCCACUGAUCUUAUCCUCCUUGUGUGCCCUGACAUUUCCCCUUUUUGGCUCCCAGCUUCUGUUCCCAAGCAGGAAAAACUUACUGUCAAGAGGAGACACACUUCCCCACCACAGACGCUGGUUCCCACUGCAGCUAUGGCAAGUGGUAUCGAUUCAGAUGGCGAACAGGUGGUGCCAGAUGAAGAAGGGCCUGAUGUGAAAGCAGUCCAAGCCCAUUAUCUUCGAAGCCCCUCUCCCGGCCGAUAUUCGGUGAUAUCAGACACAGACACUGAGAGCAUCUUCAUGGAGCCCAUCCAUCUUUCAUCUGCUGUGGCUGCCAAGCAGAUCAUCAAAGAAGAACUGAAGACAAAGGAAGUGAAGGUAGAUACUACAUGUCCUGGAAUGCUGGAAUCUGCAGAGCAGCUACUGGUGGAAGACCUGUACAAUCGAGUGAAGGAAAAGAUAGAUGACACCAGCCUUUUCAACACUCCUUGUGUCAUGGACUUGCAGAGGGCACUUGUGAAAGACCGCCUUGAGUCCCCAAGGGAUUCUAUUGAUGAAGUCUGGCCAAAUAUCUUUAUAGCAGAAAAGAGUGUUGCAGUGAAUAAAGGCCGCAUAAAAAGAAUAGGAAUUACACAUAUCCUUAAUGCUGCUCACGGCACUGGUGUGUAUACAGGACCAGACUUCUAUAAUGGCAUGGAUAUCCAGUACCUGGGCAUCGAAGUAGAUGAUUUUCCAGAUAUGGACAUCUCUAAACAUUUUCGCCAAGCUUCAGAGUUCCUUGAUGAAGCAUUACUAACCUAUAAAGGCAAAGUUUUAGUCAGCAGUGAAAUGGGAAUCAGUCGCUCAGCAGUGCUGGUAGCUGCUUACCUGAUGAUCUUUCAUCACAUGACAAUCUUGGAGGCCUUGAUGACUAUACGUAAGAAGCGGGCCAUAUAUCCUAAUGAUGGUUUCCUGAAACAGCUAAGGGAACUCAAUGAAAACCUUUUGGAGGAACGACACGAAGACAUUGAAGAAGAUACUGAUGACACAAGUAGCCAAAGUUCUGUGGUUAGAGCUGGAAGCUGUUCCUUGCUGUCUGGGAGAGGGAAUUCUGGCAGUAUUACGGGAGCCAAAGUCCAUUCUAUCACAGUUGAGGAGGAUGACACCACAAGCCUCCUGGGAAGUGUAAUGAGUGCUUCUUCGAUGGGAAAAUCAAGCUUGGUUUCCAAACAGCCUACUCUAAUCAGUGAAGAGGAAGAGGAGGAACUCUAUGAAGAAUGGAGGAAAAAGCAGGGCUUGCCUGCCCGGGAACUUCCAAAUAAAGACAGAGAGAACAAACCUUCAGAUCUUACAUUUCCAGAGCAGGAGAACUCUGAGGAGGAUACCAACCGGUUGAUCCAAGAAUGGCAGCGCAAAAAUGAGAAAUGCCAAAUGGAAAGCUACUUGUUUCCCAAAGAGGAGGAUGGAGACUCUAGCAUGGGAGAAAGACUACAUUCUGUAAAUAAUAUAAGUGAUACUGAAAGUGUGAGUAGCCAACAAAUCAAGGUCCUGAAACAACAACUGGAAGCAAGUGGCAUCAACAGAAUAAGGAGAGGGCGCACAGAUUCUAUGUCUACAGAAAGUAGUUGGGAUAUGUGGAAUGAGAGGAUGAUGGAGAUAGAGAAAGAAGCUGCACAGAGAUAUUGUUCCAGAAGUAAACAUAGUAAUGAGAAGCCAGAAAAUGGAACAAAUGGAAGAGAUGUGGAUGAGGAAAGUAUAUUAUCUGAUGCUAGUUCCUUUUAUAAUUUCUGUCAAAAGAACAAAGAUAAACUGACUGCUUUGGAAAGAUGGAAAAUCAAAAGAAUCCAGUUUGGUUUUCACAAAAAAGAUCAGGAAGGCUCUGAGCAGUCCAAGGUUGAAGAUGGCAGCCAACAGGGUGAAGAUACUACAGAAGAGCAGAAGAACUUGUCAGAUGUCAACUUAACAGCCUACCAAGCCUGGAAGGCUAAACACCAGAAGAAAGUAGGCAAGGAAAAUAAGGAUGAGAUUGUGGAACUAGCUAAAGGUGAAGAUUCUGCUUCUUCCAGGAGAAAGCAAAGACGAAUGGAGCUACUUGAGCACUCAAAGAAAGUUUUGGAGGAAAGCCAGUCUCUCUGCAGCUGGGAAGCAGAUAGUGCAAUGAGUGGAAGUAUCCCAUUGUCAGCCUUUUGGCCAUCACCAGUUUCUGCAAAUGGCACCGAUGAUUCUGCUUCAGCAUUGAGCAUGCAGACCAAUCGUUCCUCUUUAUCUCAGCCCAGAAGCAUGUCAGGGCAUGCAGUAGGAGCAAGUAUGCCCAAUCUCCCCCUUGGUCCAGACAACACAAUAUCAGUAGCCAGUAUUCAAAACUGGAUUGCCAAUGUUGUUAGUGAAACUAUUGCUCAGAAACAAAAUGAGAUCCUGAUGUUGUCACGGCCCGCAUCUGUACUGGCUUCUAGUGUUAAAUCAGGUGAUGCAGGCAGAUAUCUGGAUGAUGACAAGACUUCUUUGCUCAGUGCACAGAGUGGCUUUUCUCUAGCUAAUUCCUUGUUUCACAAGCAAGACACACAGUAUGCUGACAUUCGAUCCAACCUGUCUUGCGACACAUCAACAAGUGGAAGGAUGGAAGGAUCCAGUUCAAGCAGGAGAGUGACACAAACAAGCAAGCCUCUUUACAGUCUCUUUGCUGAUGAGGUUGACCUGAAGAAUCUUAGCAGAAAGGAAAAGAAGAUGCAGCUGGAAAUGAGAGAGAAGAUGUCAGAUUACCAGACUGAGAAGCUUAUCAGCGACAAUAAACGCAGCACUUUAUUUAAGAAGAAGAAGAUCAAGGAGGAUGAGGAUGGGAAUGAGAGGACAGGAAAUGAUACGGAAAACAUAAUCGGUGGACUUAAGUUCCCUUUACAAACAAAUCUUGAUCACACUGACACAGCUUCCACUUUCUCAGGCCAGUUUGCCAGUCAUGGCGAUGCUAUCAAAUCAGAAGUGGAGAGCAAUGUAAACAAGUGGCUUAAAGGUUUGAAGGCAGAAGAAAGGUCUUCAUAUCAGAAUUGCUCUGACACUGGUGAAGAAAAAUACAAAAGAUCUUCCACGUUCAGAGAGGUUGACACUGAAUCUUCUAGCUACAGCAUUUCCAGAUCCCAAAGAGAAGAAAUGGAUAGAUUUUCAACAUACCAGUGUAAAGAUGAUUUGCACAAGGCAUCAUCACAAUUUUCUUCCUCCAGCGUUAAAGAAGGCAAGGAGGCACAUACAUUUACACGGUCAAAACUAAGUGAGUCAAGUUCCAGAGAAGAAAGUCCAGAGCCAAUUUUUUCCAGGGGAACCCCAGAGUCCUCCUACAGCUCAGAAUCCUCAGAACCAUCCACACGGAGUAGGAUCAGAUCGCAUCACUUGGAACAACACGAGGAGGAGUCUAGUUCAGAUGUGUCUGAGUUUGGAGCCAAAAGAAAGUUUACCCAGAGCUUUGCAAAGUCUGAGGAGAGUGGGGAGAAAGAGGGAAGGGAAGAAAAAAGAGAAGAGUGCUUUGCAUCGAGGCGUUCAUUUAGAAACAGACAAAGCACUCGCAAAGAAGAAGAAGAGGAAAUGGAUGAUGAUGCCAUCAUUGCCGCUUGGAGAAAUCGGCAGGAAGAAACAAAGGCAAAGCUUCGACGAAAGAGGGAGGAGCAAUAGAAAGCAAUGUUAUACCUGUCCCUUAUUUCUCCAUUCAAACAAAAGCCUUGGUAAAAAGGUCUCAAAAGCCUCAUUUAAAUCACUCUAUUUUCCAUCAUCAGUUUCAGUUAGGAGAGUACCUUUUCAUCCUUCAUAUAUUAUCUUAUUCUUUGUUUUCAGCCCUAGAGAGAGUAGUAGUGCCUUUCCCACUGUGUAUCAAUAACAUCCAGGCCUUUCUGUAUAGAAAUGUUUCAAAUGCUCUAAAUGUCUUUAGUAAGAAUAAUUGAAACUAAGUCAAGGCUCACAAAAUUUGUCUGGAAUGUGUAAAUUAUUACAUUUUCUAAAAUUAUCAGAAUUAGUUUAUUAUUGUCUUUUAAUUUAAUUGUGAUUAACAUUAGAACAAUAUAAACAGCAUUUAUUGGCAGGUUAUAAUGCAGCUAUUCUUAUACCAUUAAUGCCCUGUUCCCAUGUGGAAAGUAUAACUGAACUUUUAAUAUUCUAUUGCUUCCAAAUCACAGAGCCUUUUCCAUCUCCGGUGUGCAUCAAUAUAAUGGAAACUACUGAGGGAAUAAAUGCAAUGUUUGUUCCCAUGACAACUUGUAACUGAGCAAAAUAUCAAUCAUCAGUCACAUGGGGAGACUUUGUUUAAGAUUUUUUACUUUGUUUGCUAUAUAAAGGAGACAAUAGCAGAGAAAUUUUUUUUACCUUUGGGGCAGAAUUGUAUGCCUAACCUUAUAAGGCAUAUGCUAUAACAGUUUGUAUCACUUUUAAAUAAAAGUGUGUCUAGGCUGCAUUCUGGUAUAUAGGAAAUAAAAGCACAGUGUAGAAAAUAGAACAACUUAGCUGUAGCAUUCUAGCAAAAUAAAUCUCAAUGUGUCUGUUUUGUUUGCUGUGGAUAAAUGACAAGAAAAUCUCAUGGAAGGGUUCCCUAUAAGAACUUCAAGAACAGACUAUUUUGCUUGGUCUCACCAGCAAAGCCUUAGAUUCACCUGGCAUUUCCAAGUCUUUGCUAGUGGGUUAACUUGAUCUUCAAGUCUUAUCAUCUCAGAUAAAUUGUGGAGAGGAGUCAGGCCCAACAGCGUUAUAGACCUGGAUUCCACAGAAUAAUGUGGAAAGGAAACUAAGGACUCUUGAGCUGGUAGAAUGACUAUAAAUUAUACAAAUAAUAGUGGAUGGAGAAGAUCACAUGCCUAUAUGCUCUCUUACACGAAGAAUGUUCUGCACAAUAACAGAAUGGAAAAUAAUAUACCCUCCAACAUUUCCCAGAGGAAGACCAGGAUAUGUGUGGCCAAGCAGUAUGUGAUCAAGAUGGCAAAAGAUAUUAAUGAGGGAAACAAACAAAUUGGAGAGGCUGCAUCAGUUUCCUUUUGUCUGAUCCUGUCUUCUCCCCUCUACUUGCAACUCUGUUUGUAGCAGUUGAAGUCAGCUGGGGAAAAGUGGGACAUUUUAAAAACAGCAGAAAAGUGGGACAACAGAGGAUUAAUCAAGAUAGAUGGAAUAUAUAACAUACUGUAUAUACUCAAAAAUAAGCUGAGUUUUUCAGCCCUUUUUUGUUGAAAAAGCCUCCCUCGGCUUAUAAUGGGAUCAAGGCAAGGCAGCUGAACCUGGAGGCCAUUGCUUGCAAUAUAUGAUAUAUCUCUUUCUCUCCUCUUACCCUCCCUUAUCAGUGUGAUCUCUUUUCCAAAGCCUCCCUUGCUCUUACCAAGGGAAUGUUUUGAAAAGGGAAAGUAGAGGGAGAGAAGUCUUUGCAAGUCAGGAAGAAGAAGAAAAAAUCCAUUAAUCUUAUAAAAGCAUUUCCCCCUGAAAUAUUUGUUAAUCUCUCCUACGGAUAUAUAGGCAUUUCCCCCUGCAAGCCUUUGCAAUCCCUAUGUACCUAUAUAUCUGUAUCUAUCUAUAUACAUUAAUUUUACAUAUAAUUUUCUACUUGUAUGUUUGCAGUUCUUUGCAAAUCCUAUAUAGAUAUCUAGAGAUUUCCAUGUACCUGUAUAUCUGUAUCUAUAUUUAUACAUUAUUUUUAUAUAUGAAUUUUCCCCUCACAUGUUUGCAAGUCUCUGAAAAUCCUGUAUAGAUAUAAUUAUCUAUAUAUGUCUAGAUAGAUAUAUAUGAAUAUAGAUAUAUAGGGCUUGCAAAUAUUGCAGGGGAAAUGGGUGCGGGCACACACACACACUGUUUCCCCAAAAAUAAGACAUACCUGAAAAUUACACCUAGUAGAGGUUUUGCUGAAUUGCUAAAUAUAAGGCCUCCCCUGAAAGUAAGACCUAGCAAAGUUUUUGUUUAGAAGCAUGCCCGCUGAACAGAACACCAAAGCAUGCAGGAUUGGUAAAUGUACAUACCAUAGUACAUGGUACUAUGGUACAUACAUACAACAGUACAUGGAAAUAAUGGUAGUAAUAAGAAAUUCUUGAUAGGAUUCACAGUUUGUCUGUUUAUGCUGGUUUGUGAUGACAACCACUGUACAGUAUAUAAUACAUGUUCAUUUUUUGUACAACAAUAAAUGUGAAAAAUAAGACAUCCCCUGAAAAUAAGACCUAGCACAACUUUGGGAGCAAAAACUAAUAUAAGACACUGUCUUAUUUUUGGGGAAACAGAGUAUAUAUAUAUAUAUAUAUAUAUAUAUAGAGAGAGAGAGAGAGAGAGAGAGAGAGAUGUCUAGACAGAUAUAAACAGAUAUCUAGGGCUUACAAAUAUUGCUGGAGGGAAAUGCAUAUAUAGAGAAGAUGUGUAAACCUUUCAGAAGAAAUGCAUAUAUGAAAUUAAAAUAUAUAAUUAUAGAUCUAUAUCUAGCUCUGCAUUGUCUAUAUUUGUUUGCCUGUGACUAUGUUGGAAGCUGGCCUGAGUCCCCAUGGGGACUUAGGGCAGGUUACAAUUUUAUUAUUAUUAUUAUUAUUAUUAUUAUUAUUAUUAUUAUUAUUAUUAUUAUUAUUAUUAUUAUUAUUAUUAUGUUAUUGUUGAUACCUUAUUAUUUUUGUUGACCCUACUUUUCCACUUGCAGAGCUAGUUUACUGGGUUUUUUUUGAAAUACGGUAAAUAUUCAAAAACAUUUAAUCUACUGAUGCCUCAAUUAAUGUAAUUUUAUUGGUAUCUAUUUUUAUUUUGAAAUUUACCAGUAGCUGCUUCAUUAACCACCCUUGACUUAUACUCAAGUCAAUAAGUUUUCCCAGUUUUUUUGUGGUAAAAUUAGGUGCCUUGGCUUAUAUUCGGGUCGACUUAAACUUGAGUAUUUAUGGUAAUCAUUUUUUCUGUAAUGUGGUAAGUAUAUUUAUUCAUUUGCAGAUUUGGUCCACAGUAGAGAGUAAUCAGAAACCACCCUCCCAUCCUAUCCGUAACCUAAAGUACAGUCCAAUUUCAAAGCGUGUAGGGCUCCAGGUUUGAGAGAUCUUUCAACAAAGUGCCCCCUGAUAGAUCCCCUCCUGUGUGAGCUUGCUCCUGGCCACAGGUGUAUCUGCUAGUAGCAGUGCAUCGUUUGAGCAUUUAUUUAUUUUUAAAUUCCGCACAAUGUUUCAUUGUCACAUUGUGAGGCAUCUAAAAUAUCAGAUUAUCACCUCAUCCACUUGGCACAGAAAAGGAAUCUGAGUAUUUUCCAACUGUCCAUGAUUGACAGGGAAGGUCCCGGUUAGUCCUCUGUUGUCCCUCCUUUUCAAAUACCCCACUACUCCUCUCCUCCACCUAGUAUCCUCCUUUGUCCUCAGCUUCCUUUCUCUGCUGGAAAUGGCACUCAAAGUAGUUUGCACUCUAUUAGUGGAAGGGAGAGGAAAGGGUAGAGCCUUGCUGUUUUUAGGAGGCUCCUUUAUUUGUUUUAGUUUUUCAGGCUUUUCUAAACUCAUUACAUAAAUCCCAGUGUUUAAAAUUGUAGUUUUGCGCAUCUUGCUAUUAAUAAAUUCCCUUUUCAUAGCCUUCCCACGCACUUUUGGCAAUACUCUAAUGUUAGUUGGCCACAUGUGUUCUGAUUUUCAUCUGUGAAAUUUUGGACGACAGAGGUUUGUACAGUGUCAAUUGGUAUAGCCUCCAGCAGCAGGCCAAAGAUGCCUACAACACUCCAUUCUGCUUCCCCAGGAUACCAUUGCAUAAUUCUGCUUCAGGUAUAAACCACUCCUGAGAUCCAAAUCUAAAAUCACUGUUACUUUUCCAAAAUGCAGAUGGCGUUUUGCUUGUUUUCCCCUUCCAAAUUUUGACUGGUGCUUGAGAUUGCCAGCAGCUUUGGACUGAAAUGGAUAUAUAGAUAUAAUUAUAGCAGUCAAUCAUUCGUGAAAGGAGAGGUUUGUUUUAAGGCAAAAGGGCAUUUACUUCUUUUUGAAAUGGGCAAAGAUGUUUCAGCCUCCAUCUGCCCUUCACAUGCUCCCAGCUCUCUCUGCUCUCUUUGGAAAACAGGUUUGAGUCCAUCUACUUUCAUAUUUUCAAACAAAAUUCAUGAAAGGGCCAUAAAUACCAUGACUCGUUAAAAGGAAAGCUGUUUUCUCUUCCUCCCACGAGACCCCUUCCUGCGAGAGGGGAGAGAGAGUUCAGCCCUUUGAAGAAUUCUUCUUCUGUUAAUGUAGCUGGAUCUGAAAGCUGUCUUCUGGGUUUUGUUCUUCACAUCAUCUUGACCAGGCUGUGCCAUGGCUCUUCUCUCUAUUGCAUCCUCAAAUGUGAAGGAGGAUUGGAAAUAGACAGGGAAAACAAUUUAGUUUGCACAUUUUCAGAAGGCUGUACCCAAUGAGAGAAAAUAUCUAUCUAUGGAAAACUUCAGGAAAAAAAAUGUUCCUCAUUACCUUACCUAAGACAAAAAAAAUUGAAACUGUUCUACCAUAUUAACCUGGCAACAUACCAGAUGCACAAAAUGAAAGUUAGCAGACCCUGAGGCAAUCAAUUACCUGAGAUAUAAUCCAGAAAUGACAUUUCUUUCUGAGUGGUCAUGGUAAAUGGUCUGGCCCUUAUCAUGGGUUUGUCUGAAAGAUAAAUCCUUGCUGGAACAGGAGCAAUCAUGGCCCACUUUUGACAUUAUCGAAAGGCGGCUCAAUGCUGCUGAAAAUAGUCUUCUAGUGGUCUGGAGUUAAUUGCUGAAAGAGGAAGUCUUACAUGAUUAAACUUGCUCAGUCCUUAGCUUUCUGGGGAAAAGGGAAUAAAACCAGGAAUGGGGCUACAGUGACAAAGUCCGAAAACUUCUUACACUGUGGAAGAUGAAAGGACAGAAAUUGUAUUUCCCCAGCCUGGAGCACUACAGUCCUGUGGAGCAAGAAAGGCUUUAGAAAAUUAGUCCCUUUGCAUCUGAGAAACUCAGACUGACAGCAUAACUGAGAGACGUUUCUGUUUGCCAAUUUUUCAGGGGUAUUAUGGAAAGGUCCUAUUAUAUCUAAUGAUCAAAUUAGACUUUAAUGGAAAUAUGUAUUCUCUAUAAUUGACACAAUUCCUCUCCUAAUAAACUUUCCUCAGAGAUAUGUGCUUUAGUGAUGACAAUUGCAAAUUAAAUCUGUGUUUACCUCCAAUGACAAAAUGAAACAUACUAAAUCAACAUUAUGUAGUUAGAACAAUCUGUGCUAUGAUAAACACCCUUCACCACGUGAGGCAGUAUGUUUUCUCGUACAACAUUUUGACAGCCAAGGAGAGUGUUUGUUCUCUGACAAUUGCGUCAUUCAAAUGACUAUUUUUGAAUAAUUAAAGUAUGAUGAUUCUGGCCUUCUUGUUUUCUUGUUUUAAUAAAGAAGAUAAAGGUCUUAUCUUUCUUGAUUUAAUAACCAUUCUUCAAACCAAUGUGAAUAUUUAUUUGGAAAGCUCCCCAUGCUUGCUCAGAUCAAAGCCUAAUUUUCACAAGAAGCAAGUGAAAUGUUAAACGCCAGUGUCUCAAAGAUGUUAGGCAGUUGCUCAUGAUGUUGGAAAUAUUCUUCUCUCUAAUAAAUAUCAAGGAGAAAUUUAGGUUAAAUCUUUUCUAACUGAUACCUAGUUUUGAUUGUUCAGGGACUUAAUGUGUUGAUGAGUAGAAAGCAAGAAACUCCAUUUGUUUUCAGACUAUUAAAUUAUCUCUGGAUGUAUAGCAAAGCCCAAAUUUUCUUUAAAUUAGAGAUUAUUAGCAUUUUCUGCACCUACAGUUCUCCAAUUGUAUCAGCCAAUUUGCCUAUUUCAAAUGGGAAAAGCAAAUUUGAGUCUGCUCUUGCUGAAUGAAGUUAUUUGGUUCAGGUAUCUUAUUUAGAAUGUAAUAAACUUUGACAAAUGAAUUUUUGGAAACGAUGUUCUAA